GUUUAAACAAAAAUCGAAGAGCAUAUCUAAAACGAUCAUCUUUACACUUUGUAACUAGUCACUAUUAUUUAAUAAAUAUCAAAAACGAACCGUACUCAAUCGUGAACAAAUGUUUUAAAACUUUAUUUAGGCGAUACGAACCGUAACCGUCUGAUCCAACUUGUCAAUAAACAAACAAAAGAAAUUUCUGUUUACAAACAGUACUGCUGAACUGUCAAAAUGUGUUCAUCCGAUUGAGGUUAGCAAUGACGGUAAAAAACCUAAUAUACCCCGCAUAUACCAGAUAAAUUUGUGGAACAAUGGCAACUCUGCUAACAUCUCUGAAACCAAUCCAUAACAGAGAGCACUGAGUAAAGAGUAAACGGGAAGAAGCGUAAUUUUCUUCGGCUUGUGCGAUUCUAUCGUAGGUGCUUCUUAGGAGUAUGUGUAUUGGGCAUGUUCAACGAGUUCGAAUUUUAUAUAAAACCAUUCUUAGGCUUCAUAGAGGAUUACCUGAGGAAUUACAUUCAUUGGGUAAUCUUUACGUAAAGGAUGAAUUUCGGCGCCAUAAAACUUGUUCUACUGAAGAAGCCUCAUUGUUUAUGCAUGAGUGGACAGAUUACGCAAUUACUCUAGCUAAUCAGUUAGGUAUUAAAGGUAAACCUAAUCCUCUACAAUCCAUAGGGGGUAACAUUGAUCUACCCAAAUUAGACGAUUUUAGAGAUGAGCAAAUUGCACAACUUCACGAGCUAUUGCUAGCAGCUAAAGGAAAAGAUGUAUAAAAUGCAGUACCGGACGUUUGAUUUUUUAUUACAAAUGGAAUGCUAGAUUAUUAAAUUGAUGAUAAAUUAUCUUAAAA